AACAGAUCGAGCAGAUACAGACGUCUGAAACGUCGUUGACUGACCGAUGGGCGUUGGUCAGGAGAAGGAGAAGACUUUCUCGGAUGAGGAAGUACCUCGGAGCAAGAGUGGUGCCGGUGAAGGAGAGGAGCGUCGUCAUUCAUGCAGUGAUGCCAAUGACAGUGACGCUGGCUCAUCCUCUUCGUCGUCCUCGUCAUCUUCGACCGGUGGCAGCGGUAGCAGCACCGGGAAUGUUCAAAACGAUAAAAAGAAGAAACAGGAAAGGAAUCGGGCUGAAGCUCUGCUACAGGCCGAGAACCGAGUCCAGACACAGCAAAGGUCUAGAAUGUGGCAAACAGUGGCUAGCAGCGGUGAAAGCGAUGGGAAUAGCGGCAGCAGCAGCGAAGGAAGCGGAAAUGAAGACAGCGAAGGUGAUGGCAGGAGGGUAGAUAUGAAAGAAGUGGGAGCUAUGAGUAAAAGGAAGAAAGUUGAGAAGGAGAAGGAAGGAAGAUCAAAAACGGACGAAAGAGAAGGGGAACGGGCAACGAAGCGGCGAAAGCGGGAGAAAAAAGAAAAGAAGAGAAAACAUGAAGAGAGGGAGAGGAAGAGGAGACGGAAGGAGGAAAAGGACGACAGGAAGAAGGAAAAGAGAAGAAAAAAAGACGGAAAAAAGGAGGAAAAGAAGAAGAAGAAGAAGAAGAAGAAGGAGAGGAGAGACGACAAGGCAAAGGGAGCAAUCAUACCGGGGGCCGUGGACAUGAACCAGUUCGGGAAACACGGCAUUAUUCGGGAAUCGGACUUUCACAGGAAGAAGAACGACUUCGAAGUGUGGUGUCAGGAGAUUAAAGGUCUUCCCGAAAUUCCCCGAAACCACCACGAGGCCCUCCGCUUGUUUCGCUACUACAUGGAGGACUACAAUACUGCCACGUUCCCUCAUCCUAAGUACUACAACGUGGAAGCCUACGAGAUGGAUGAGUACAAACGUGGGCAGUUGAAAGCUGCAUUUAAAGAAGGCAGGGAGGGAGGCGUGUUCAAGGACGAAGAGGAACGCCGCUUGGAGAGUAAAAAAGGCGCGAAGGAGGGUGAACGAGCCGAUUUGGAGUGGGCGUUGAAGAUGAUGAGCAAAGAAAAGAGGGAUGCGUUGAAGGAGGAGGAGUUGCUGCGGGCCAAGAUGCAGCAAGCGUACAAGGCGGGGGAUUUGGCGACAGUCAAACGGAUUGAGCGCGCGUUAAUGACGGAAGAGGAACGAGAAAAAGCACGGUACAAAUAAGGAGGGAAGGGGCGAGGGAAGAGGCAAAACGCCCAAGGAGGGAGGGUUCGAGAAGGGAGGGCGGUGGAAGGUCCCGAGAAGAUGUUGAAAAGAUCACGUAGGACGUGGAAUGAGGCGACCUUUUCAUUAGAAUGAUUUAGGGGGUUGGAGCAUAAAUCGUGCAAAUUAUUCAUUUGCAAGUAAAGGCGUAGAAUCAUACCUCAAGCCGGGCAAGACAGACAUACACAGGAA